AUGCAGACCCCGAAGAUUGAGGAAGUCAUCGAUAUCACGGUGAACAACUUCGAAGAGUGCCUCCCCUACGUGUUGGAGACCAUUCGAAAAUCUGAGUUCAUUGCCUUCGAUCUUGAAUUUAGCGGCACAGACUACAAGCCCUACUUUCGUUGCGUCUACGCCGAUACCUUUGAAACACGCUACGCCAAAUACCGUGUUGAUGCUGAAAAUUACUACCCGAUAGAACUCGGAAUUUGCUGCUUUUACUGGGAUGACGAAAAGCACUGGUAUUCCUCGGUAUUCGCAUUGAGAAUAGUAUCAUAUGUCGCCCUUUCAACUUUUUCGUCUGCCCCUAUGCGCACAAGCUAUGCCUCAACCCUUGACUUCCUUCGAAACAACCACUUCAAAUUUGGCCGUCUUUUCUCUGAAGGCAUUCCGACGCUUCGCAAAUCCGACGAGGAAAAAAUCCUCGAGCACCUGCGCAUGAGCCAGGAUCGAUACGACUAUAAGGACGACAAAGAACGCGAAUCCAUGGAGCCUAUCUUCGAGCAAAUCAACUCAUGGAUCCAAGCAAUGAAUCGAGACGCCCAAUUGUCUCCCAACACCGACCAUUCUCUCGCGACGGAAUCGCUUCUUCUGCCCCCUCUCAACUCCCACAAGCGAAAGCUCUUAUACCAGGAAGUCUCCAAUCGCUAUCCCACGCUUUCUCUCAAAGAGCUCCCCGAAGACAAUCCAUCGACCGGGAAGAUCAAACGCACGCGGAUCUUUGUGACCAAGCAGCCCAGCGAAAGGAUCGAGCCUGCCGUCCCGGAAGUCUGCCAACACGCUGGCGUUCGACGCGUUGUGGAGGCGAUUCUGGAGAGUAAGAAGCCGCUGGUUGGGUUCCAAACGAUGGGCGAUGUGAUGUACAUGCUGGGCGGAAUCUACAAGGAACUGCCGCGAACGCUGCCGGAGUUUUUGGAGAUGAUGAAGGAGGUGGAGCUGCUGGUGGAUUUGAAGGAAGUGGUGGAGAUGGAGGGGCUGAAAGAGGAAGACAUUCGUCAUUGUAAUCUAACGCACGCUUACCAGCAGGCGGAAGCGUGGAAGAAUGGAGAACCGGAGGUGCGAAGAGCGGUGGAGAAUAGCGAGUUUACGGCCCAUGAUGCGGCGUGCGACGCGUUGAUAACGGGGUGUUUGUUCGUGAAGCUGCUUUACCGAUGCGGAUUUCGAUGGGAAGAUAUCGCGAAACUGAAAGAGAUGAAGCGAGACGGAGGAUUGGAUGGACUGAAACGAGAGUUUGUGGAGUGUUUGGACCGAUUGAACUUGUAUCAUAUGCUCCAUUCGCUGCCGAUUCGAAUGGAUGAGUACAACAAUGUCGUUAACCAGUUCCAUGACGAGCUGCAAAACCGAGAGAACGUGCUGGUUAUCGAGAAUAUCGCGCCGUGGCUCACGUCCAAGCACUUCUUUUCCUUCUUUGCGAAGCAUUACAACAUCAAACGAAACGUGUAUCUGAACUGGCUGAGUGAUUCGAUGAUGCUGGUGGUUCUGCCAUCGGUGGAAGACGCGAAUGUUCUGCUGGAUGCUUGGGAGACGGAGGUGAGUACGGAGGAUAGUGAGGAUGCCGACUUCAAAAUGCCGGUGGACUUCUGUAACCGCCAUGUGGUGCUGAAAGAUCUGCGAAUCCAUCGGUUUUCGUAUUAUGAGCGGUUGUGUUUUGUGAACAAACGCAAUGUGAAGAAUUGUUAA